AUGUGUUCAACAGAAGACCCGACAGAGUUAAAAAAAAUUAUAUUCUGUCAAGAGGAUACAAUAUGUAAGUUAAAUAGAAGACUAGAAGAGUUUGAUUCAGUGGUUUGUGAAAGAAAUAAAUUACGAGAAAUUUACAAACAAUGUGAAAAAAAUCAUGAAGACAGUAUUAACGCCUAUAAGAAAGCGUUUUGCGAACUAUCAGCUAAGUGUGACGAGCAAACGAAAAAGCUUAAGGAAUGUGCGAAUUCUGAAUAUCAAUGGGAACUCAGGUACGGGAAACUAGAAGAAGCCAACAACUCGAUGUGUGGUCAAAUCCAAAUUCUAAAAUGUAAUGAAAGUAAAUUAAAAUCCCAGUUAGCCGAGACCGAAAUAACUUUGAAAUGUGUUCAGAAAGAAUUAUGUCAAACUAAAGCGGAAUUGGAAGAAACUCUCUGUUUGGUUAAUACAUUGAAGGCAUCUUUGAAAUGUACCGAACAGGAGCUCUGUAAAGUUCGCAGGGAACUUGAGGAGUGCAUGACUGAAUGCAAUAAAUUGCACGAAAUGAACGGGGUUUUGACUACAGAGUUAAACUGCACAAAAAAAUGUCUAUGUGAGGCAAAAUUAGCGGCUACGCGCAUUGAAGAAAGGUACAUACAAGAACGUGAAAAUUUAACAUGCGAGUUGAGAGCAUGUUGCCAAAAAGUUAGCGACUUAGAGAUGCGAUUAGACGAUGCGAUGUGUAAAUUAAACGACGAGAGAUGUAAAUCAAAGAAGUUUGCUUGCAAAUUAAUAGAAUUGAAUAAAGUGAGUGCAAGUAAUCACUUAGAAAUGAAAAACCGGGUACAGAUAUUAGAAGAAGAAAUGUGUGCUAAGUGUAACGAAAUAUGUUGCUUGAAGAAAAGGAUCGUUGAGUUGCAACAAGAAAUUGAUUGUCAAUGUAUGGAAAUAAACCAGAUGAAAAUUAAACUUUACGAAAGAGAAUGUCAACUAAAACAAAUGAUAGUACUAUCGGAAAAAAUUGAGCAAAUCAAGUGUUUUGUCGAUACUUGUUGUUGCCCGAAAAAGGAAUGUUGCCCGAUUCCUUGUUGUUGUCCUAAAAAGAAAUGUGGACCAAGUCCUUGUGGACCGAGUCCUUGUGGACCAAGUCCUUGUGGACCAAGUCCUUGUGGACCAAGUCCUUGUGGACCAAGUCCUUGUGGACCAAGUCCUUGUGGACCAAGUCCUUGUGGACCAAGUCCUUGUGGACCAAGUCCUUGUGGACCGAGUCCUUGUGGACCUAGUCCUUGUGGACCGAGUCCUUGUGGACCGAGUCCUUGUUGUCCGAAAAAGAAAUGUGAACCAAUAUGUGAACCUAUUUGUUGUAUACCAGCUCCUAUUUAUUGUCCGAAAAAGAAAUGUGAACCAAAAUGUGAACCCAAUUGUUGCCCGCCAACUCCUAUUUGUUGUCCGCAAAAAAAACCUGAUCCUUGUUGUGAACCAAUAAUGCCAAUGGCUUGUUGUCCGGAAAAAAAAUUGGACCCUUGUUGUAAGCCAUCAAACACAAAGCUUCCAUGCGGUCUAUCAAACAGCACAAAAUGUAUGAUCCAAAAAUAUGCCACAAAAUUAAAUACCAAAGAUAACUAUACACAGGAUUUAAAACAAUUGAAAUGUGACAUGGAAGACUUACAACAGAGUCUUGGUGACGUCUAA